CUAGAGAGGCCGAGCCGAGGGGUUCUAAAGUCCUCGUCAUCAUUCGUCCACAAUCGCUCUUGGAGUUCCACCACCGUCUCGCUGUAGACCUGCCGUUUCCCCCGUCGGCGAGAGAGAGUUGAUCAGCGGACUGAAUCGCCGGUUCGAUACCGCAUCUGAAGGUUCAGAGAAAAGAGAAACGGAGGCCGUCGAACUCCCUUGUAUUGUUUCGCAGCAAUUUUCCUUUCCAGUGUAUCUAUUUGGAUACCUUCCCAAUCGCAUCUUCUGGUUGGCUGACAAUUCGGCAGUGAUAAACUCUAGAUUUCUCUGAGGGAAGAAUGGAGGAGCAAUUCAUUCUCAGAGUUCCGCCUUCUGUUGCCGAGCGCUUAGAAUCCCUUCUGAACGGAAGUGCAGCUUCUCCCGAAGAGCAAGCACUGGAUUUGUCUUUCUCUGAGAAUGGACGGAGUGGCACAUUUAGCAUUGGCAAUGAGCAAUUCCCUGCAUCUCUCUUGGAUCUCCCUUGUGUGACGGAGUCCUAUAAGACGUAUGAUGAUCGAGCUCUGGUUAAAACCGCAGACAUCGGCCAGAUGAUUAUGGUUAGAGGACCGAAUGAAUCAGCUCCAGAUACAAUUGAGUACAGACAUGGUCUCACUCCUCCUAUGAGGGAUGCUCGGAAAAGAAGAUUCAGAAGAGAGCCUGACCUCAAUCCUGAGCUUGUGCAACGCGUUGAGAGAGACCUAUUGAACAUCAUGGCUGGUGGAACAGUAGAAAAUGGUGAUAUCCAAGUGAACGAGCAAGAAGAUGGGAACCAGAAUGUAUCUAGUGCCAAUAAGAAACCUGCACCAAAGCCCGUGACAAAGCCUGAGGCUCCACCAACAACAGCUAAUGCUGAGGAGCCAGAAAGAAGUGAUUCUGAUGAUACUGAGGACUCAGCGUGAUGAGAAUGCGUGCCUUCUCAUCUUACCGAACUCGGCUUUCGAGGAGAGGCUUCUUUCAAAUGUAGGAAGAACUGAGGAGAGGAAGAAAGCUACAGAAAUGUAGGCAAGGAUGGGGAACAACUGAGUUUGGCUGGAAUCUAUUGAUAGUGGUGAUGUUUAGAGGAUGUUGAGCUGAUCCUUUCCGUUUUACAUUUUAUUUGUGGACGGGAAUCAAGAUAAGUGAGCUACAGUUCCUUCUAAGGUGUGGCUAUGUAAGAUGAAAGUCAUGAAAGUGUACCCGUCUAUGGAUGCCACAGCUGAUAGUUUAUACUGAGUUGAGAAUUCCAGUCUCCAUAGCAUAGCUUCGCCAAAGAUUAAUGCUAAUUCUUUUUUGUAAAUCAUUUUUCAAUC